UCGAAAUGCUCGAAAUGCUCGAAACGUCGAAAUAUCGAAACAAAUUUAUACCAUAAACCAUAAAACGGAUAAAACGUAUAACGUACAACACGUGUUAUCACGUAACCAAAUUAUUCUUUUAUACAAUUAUAAAAUAUCAAUUUCGUUAUUUUUUAAUUCAUUUGUUUAAUAUUACAAUACUGAUUAAAUAAAAACAAUGCCACGAUCCACAAAAGAAUCGUCAGAUGAUGAAAACGAAGUUAAAAAUGCUGGACGACGAACAAAAACGAUAGUCAGCAGUAGUCUUAAUACUAUAAUUGAUUCACCAUUACGCCGAAGUACGAGAAAUAAACAACAAACUAUUUCUUCUCUUGAAUCAAAUGAUAUUAAUGAUGCUUCAUCGACAUCAACAUCAACCUCAACUUCAACGGUCUCAGCACCAGUUAGUUCACUACAGUCGGGAAGAAAUACCCGACGAAGAACGAUAACAACAAUACCGGAAUCAACAACUAUUUCAGAGUCGUUAUUAUCAUCAACUCGAUCAUUACGAUCAAGAAAAACUUCAACAAAUUCAACAACUUCAACGACUUCAAUGGAUAACAUUUUCAUGGCAGAUCCUGUUGUCGUUGUGACAGACUGUGAAUCACUAAAAGAUUCUGGUAAAUCUCGUGUUACCCGAAAAAGUAUUUCAACAACAGCAGCAGCAGCAGCUACAGCAAUAGUUACAACAACAACAACAACAACAACAACAUCUGUUUCAUCUGUUUCAUCUGUGAAUACACCACCUACUACUCGAUUAAGACGUUACAUGAGAGCUGGAUCAGAAUCAAAAACUAUGUCACCUAGCAACACUGUAAGAAUAACUCGGAGAACUAGAGCGAGCUCAGUUGAUUUGGAAGAACAGCGUAAUGAGGUAAAACCACUAACUUAUAAUACUAAUAAUAGUAGUGAUAAUUGUACUCCUGUUAAAACACGAAAACGAGCUUCUGUUAUUCCAUCGGAACCUUCAGUUGUAGAAGAGAUUGAAAAUAUUUCAGAAAAUAAUAGUUGUAUACCAUUAUCUAAUACAUCAAUAAUAGAAACAGUAGAAACAAUUGUUGAUACAAAUAAUGAUAAUUUAUCAUCAUCUACUGAUAAUAAUAAUAUACUUGAUAUUAUUAAUAAUCAGGAAAAAAAAGUUGACAAUAAUUAUUAUCAAGAAAGUGUUAAUAACAAUAAAUCUACCGAAAAUAAUGACUAUAAAAUUAAAGAUAAUAAUGAUUUUACUGUUAAUCAAGAAAAUUUAUCAUCAUCACCUGUAUUACAAAUAAAUAUUAGUAAAGAUAAAACUCAAGAAUUACAUCAAGAAACAACAAUAAUUAAAGAUGUAGAAAAAUUACCAUCGUCUUUGUCACCUGUUGUUGUACUAGAAAUAAAAUCACCAAUUAAACAUAAUGAUAAUUUAAUAGUUGAUGAAACAACAUCAACAAUAAUAAAUCAUGAUGAUAAUAAAUUAUUAUGUUUUAAAACAUCAACUAUUAUUAAUUCAGAUAACUAUCAAAAAGAAACUCUUUUAACACCGGAUAUUAAUAAUAAAAAUGAUAAUUUAAAUGAUGAAAGUAAUAAAAGCUUUUCUUUAGAAAAAAGCCCAGGAAAUAAAGAAAAUUUUAAUAAUAAAAAUAAACUUUCCAAUUCAGUUAUAUUAUUAGAAAAUAAAUUUAAAAUAACUGCAUCACAAACUAUACCAUCAGUACGUAAAUCAUUAAAUAUAUUAAGUGAUAAUGAAAAAACAGAAGCAUCUCUUAUCAUUAAUAAAAGACUCAAUAAAUCUUUAGAAAUUAAUCCAUCGUCGACUGAUGAGUCAAAUUUAUUACCAUUAAUUCCCAAUGAUACUAAUAGAUCAUCUGAACUAUUAGAUUCAGAUAAAUUAACAACUAAUGAUGUAAUACUAACAACAUCAACAACAACAACAACAACAACAACAAUAAUUGCUGAUUCUAAUGAUAAUAUACAAAUAAACGAACAAGAAAAUGAUUUAAAUUCUUCUCAUAAUAAUAAUAAUAAUAAUAAUAAUAAUAAUAACAACAAUCACAAUGAAAAUUAUAGCAAUGAACAAGUUAUUUUGAAAUCAACUGAUGAACAAGAUGACUUUAAUUUAACUUGUUAUUCACCAAUAACAACAGAACAGGAAGAACAAGAAAUAUCAACUGAAAAUAUAAAUAAAUCAGAGAAUAAAGAUAAUGAUAAUAUUAUUAUUACCGAGUCUUUAUCAUUAGAGUUAUCGUCAAAUAUUAUACAUCAUCAUAACCAUGAUUCCACCCAAUCUAAUAAUAAUGAUAAUAAUGAUGAUACUGAUAAUGGUGAUAAUGAUAUCGAAAACUUAUUUCACGAUAUUCCUGCUGAUGAAUGGAAACAAAGCACAGAAACAGAUUCAAAUAAAGUAGAUAUUGAAUCAACAGCUGAAACAAAAAUAACUGAAACAACAACAGUAAUUCAAGAAAGUCAGGUAGAUAAUCAAAUACCAACAAUAGCUCAAGAUUCUGAUAAUAAUUUAGUUAAAAACAAUAAAGAUAAAGACAAACAACAAUCACAAGAUAUGGAUUGUAAUUCUGAUUCAAAUGAUACGCUAAUUUUAACACAAAAUAAUGAUGAGUUAUUAAAAUUAUCGAUUCAAGAUCAAGAUCAAGAACAACAACAACAUCAACAACAACAACAACAAUCAAUGCAGUUCCAGGAAUCAAUGGACGUUGAUAGUGAUGAUAAUGAUACAGAAAUUGAACCAGAUCUUCAAGAAAAUAUAAAAAACGAAUAUUUAUCAAAAUUAAAUAAAAAAAAACGACAAAGUGAUGUCGUUAUUCAAACAUCUGAUGAUAAAAUUUCUAAUAGUAAUGAUGAUGAUAAAAAUAAUGAUAAAUCAAUAUCUAAUUGUAUUUCAUCAAUAUGCUCAUUAUCAAAUAAUACUAAAAAUAAUAGUUUAUCAGAAAAAAUUUCUUCGCCAAUUAAAAAAGUAAAUAAUUCUACUACAGCUGAAUUUUUGUCAAUUUCAUCAUCAUCAUCAUCAUCGUCAUCGUCAUCGUCAUCAUCAUCAUUGCCGCCAAUAACAUUUACUGAUGAUAAAAUAAAUAUCAGUAAAAAUAAAAAAUUAUUAAGAAAAUCACUCGAUUCAGCUAAAUUUAUAAUUUCUAAUGAUAAAAAUAAAACUAAUAAAAAAUUAAAUUCUUCCUUUAAUGAAAAAUUAGUUGAAUCAACUGUUGAUACUGAAAAUAUUAUUGAUGAUACCAAUCAUGAUAAAAAAAAUCAUUCAUCAGCUAGUAAAUUAAAAGUCAUUAAUAAUAAAAAUAUAGUUUCAGUAGAUAAAAUAAUAUCACCAUUAAAUAAAUCAAAUAAUAAUAAACAACAACAUCAACAAUCAUCAAAUGAUGAAGAUGAUGUAUUUUCUUCAAAUUAUAAAUUUAACAGUAAUAAUAAAAAUAAAUCAAAAUCUAAAAAAAAUUUUGAGAUUAAUUCCGAUUCAGAUGAUAAUUACGAAGAUGAUCAUAGUGAUAGUGUAAAUAACAAAAGUAUUGUGACUGCUCCAUCAGUUUUAUUAAAUGAUGAAGAAAGUUCUAGUAGUAUUGGAAACGAUAAUAACUAUUCUUCAAGUGAAAAUGAUAAUUCUGAUAUUGACUCUGAUAUCGCUCGUGAAUAUAAUUUUGAUGGGAAUAGCGUUUCUGAAUAUUCAGAUGAUAAUGUAAUUGGAGAUGAGUGUCGAGAAUCUGAAACAGAAAUAUCAGAUGAUGAUGAUGAUCAAGACGAUGAUAUGGCAGAUUUUAUCAAUGAUGAUGAUGAAGAAGAAGACGAAAUCGAAAACGAAGAAGAAGAUGAAGAUGAAUCAUCAAUGUCAUCAUUAUCCGAUGUUAUUAAUCCUGUUGCAGAUCACAAAAAAGCGAGUAAAAUGGAAAAAAAUGAAGAUGAAGAUGAAUCUGAAUCUGAAUCUGAAUCUGGAGAAGAAGAUGAAGAUGAAAAUUAUGUAGAUAACGAUGAUAAAGAUGAAGACGAUGAUGAAGAUGAUAAAGAAAAAGAUAACGAUGGUAACGUUGAUGAAAUAGAUGAACAAGAAGUAAAUUAUAAAUCCGGUUUAAGUAAAGUACAAAAAAUUUUAAAAUUCGAUUCUUACAAUACGGAUUAUGAAAAUGAUGAAAAUAAACAUAAUAAAAUUUAUGAUUCAGUUGAUGAUACAUUAUCUAAAAAAUUAAAUAACAAUUUUUCUUCAAAUAUUAUUAAUAAAAAACUACUAACCAGAGAAACUAAAUCUUGCAAUAGUACACCAAUAAAUUCAAAGUUUUGUAUGCGUCCAUCAAAAUCGGUCGAUUCAAAAAUACAAAAAAAUAAAUCUAAAAAACUAAUUAAUAAUAAAUUAGAUAACGAAAUAAAAUCGGUUGGUAGCUUAAAAAAAUUAAAAUCACCAAAUGAUACAAAUACUGUUAUAUUUUCAUCGUCAAAACCUCAUAAUAAAAGUAUGGAGACAUUAAAUUUAACAGAUCAUGAUACAAUAUUGCUAAUGAAGGAAAAAUUAAAUGAGACUCUUCCAACACUUAAAUUACAACAUCAUGCCAAUAAAUUGUCAUUAAAAAAAAAUAAACUUGAUAUUAAUGAAACAAACAAAGAAAACACACUAAAGCCAGUAAAUGACGAAAUAAAUUUAUCAAAGAAAAACAAAACUAAUAAAUCUUGUUCUUCAAUUACUGAUAAUCAAGAUUCUGUUAUUUAUCAGAAUGAAAUAAAAAAAUCGAAAAAAAAUAAAAAUCUUGAAUCGAUAACCAUGAUAACAACGAGCGAAUUUGAAAAAUCAUUUGAUAAAGAUAAAAAUAAAUUAUCUACACCCGAAACACCUGAUAAAAAAGUUGUUAAAUUAAUAAAGAAAAGUAAAAAAAAUAAAAAUACAAUAGACGAUGAUUAUAAAAUAUUGUCAUCUGUUGUUGUUUCCUCAAAGGGAAUUGAAAAAAACAAAAAAAAAGAAAAAAAAACAAAAGAAAACAUAGAAAAAAUUGAAUCCAAUAGUUGUAAUAAAUCUAAUGAAAAUAAAAAAGAUGGAAAAAAGUUAUCACCGUUACCAUCAUCAUUAUUAUCAACUAUUAAAAAUUCAAAAUUGCCAUCAACAAAAAAUAAUUUAAAAAGACUUUCAGAUGAUGUUAUUGAAAAUCUAUCCGAUAUUCAGCCACAAAAAAAAAUAAAGCUUUCUUCGACAGCUUACGAAAAAAUUGUUCCAACUAAAAAAAUGUUUGACAGUAAACAUCCAAAACCUGACAAUAUGAUAAUUGAAACCCAACAAGAAUUUUUACCAUCAAGUUCUAAUGGUGGUACAACACAAUUUUCAGUUAUAAAUAUUAAUAAAUCUAAAAAACAGCAAUCUAAAAAAUCAGCAGCGGCAUAUUCAUUUCGUCAACGUAUAUUAGGAAGAAAUUCUCGUCAACCAAUUUCUGCGUAUCUUAUGUAUCAACAAAAAAAGAAAACUUUAUCUAAAGAUAAAUACUAGUUAUUGUUUUAUUAAUAUGCAUUUACUUUUAUUGAUUAUCAUUAUUAUUAUAUUUAAUGUUUUUUUUUUUUCUUUUAAUCAAACAUAUGUAAAUGUGAGUAUGACAAUACCUUAAAGUCAUUCAUUAAAUUGAUUAAUUCAAUUUUAGUUGUGUAUUAUCAUUAUUGAUAAUAAUAAAAUUAUAUUUAUUAUUUUCAUACUAUAUAAUAUAUAUUUUAUAAUUCACAUAAUAAAAUACGAAUUAA